AUGAAGUGCAGCUAUGUCAUUCAAAUGAUAUGGGACAAGAAGGAGGCAGCGAUGAUUGAGCAGAGACUGAUGGCAGGCUUAAACUCCCUGAUGAGUGAAACGAAACUGGAAGAUGACAGAAAAAUCAUGGAGUCGACUUUCAAUCGCAGAUACAAGUUCAUAAAAACUACCAUGGGUACCGAGCCAUACUGGGUAGACAGCUGGAUAAAGGAGGUGUGGUGCAGAAUCAGGUGUGGCAAUAUAGUGAGAGCAGGUAAAAAAGGCUUCAAAGACUGGCAGUGUAGAUUGUGCCAGAACGAAGAUGAAACCCUGGAGCAUAUCUUCAGGUGCAGAAGCCUAAAAGCUGCAGCGAACGAGAAGAUAAGAGGUGGAGUGGCGGAAGAGUGGAGGCAGACUUUCGACUGGCUUCUAAUGCAGACUCUACGAGGUGAUCCAAUAAAAGAAAUCUGUGAAUAUAUCCAAAGAUUCGAGAAUCUAGUCAAGGCAGGGGACAUAGCAAUGGAAGAUGAGCUAGUUCGUUUGCAAUAG